AUGCUGAGUUCAGAUCUGUUGCUCACACACUACGACCCGACGCUGCCGAUCGUUGUUGCUGCAGAUGCUUCCAACCACGGAGUUGGUGCCGUCAUCUCACAUACUUUUCCUGAUGGGUCUGAAAAGGCGAUCAUGCAUGCAUCUCGCACGCUAACCCCUGCGGAGAAGAACUAUGGGCAAAUAUAGAAAGAAGCUCUAGCCCUCGUGUUUGCCGUCAAGAAAUUUCACAAACUGUUGUACAGUCGCAACUUCACGUUGUUGACGGAUCUCAAACCAUUGCUGUCAAUCUUCGGUUCGAAGAAGGGCAUUCCCGUCUACUCAGCCAGCCGACUUCACCGAUGGGCAACCAUCCUUCUUGGCUACGAUUUCGACAUUCGCUACUGUCGUACUACAGACUUUGGUCAGGCUGACGCCCUUUCUCGCCUCAUCAGCAAUCAGCAGGAACCGGAGGAAGAUACCGUGAUUGCAGCUAUUUCGAUUGAGGACGGUGUGCGCCGUCAGCUAUCAGACGCCAUACGAGGUAUCCCUGUCACUGCCGUGGACAUCCGACGUGCUACUGAACAGGAUCCUGUCCUCCGCCAGGCCAUCACCUACGUGCAGACCUGCUGGCCAACCACUGCUCUCGCUGGCGAUCUUCGCCAGCUCUUCCUCCGCCGAGCAUCGCUAUCUAUGGUUGACUCCUGCCUCAUGUUUGCAGACCGUGUGAUGAUCCCAUCUUCCCUCCGACCCACUGUACUACGCCAGUUCCAUGCGGCUCAUCCUGGUGCCAGCCGAAUGAAGUCUAUUGCUCGCAGUUUUGCCUACUGGCCUGAUAUCGACGGCGACAUCGACGACCUGGUUCGACGCUGUUCUCGAUGUCAGCAAGCUGCCAAGAUGCCGCCUCGUCAACCUCCAAUACCCUGGCAACCACCGGAGAGGCCUUGGUCACGCGUGCAUAUCGAUUUCGCUGGCCCACUUAACGGAGUCUCCUACCUAAUCUUGGUUGACGCCUACUCGAAAUGGCCCGAGAUUGCUCCGCUGAAUCCAGCAACCGCAUCUGCCACUAUCGCCUUCCUACGACGCAUCUUUAGCCAACAUGGCUUACCAGAAGUCCUGGUUUCAGAUAAUGGUUCUCAGUUUAUCUCGUCGACGUUUGAAGAUUUCUGCCGCCAGCACGACAUCCAGCAUCUUCGCUCCCCGCCCUACCAUCCUCAGUCUAACGGUCAGGCGGAGCGUUUUGUCGACACGUUUAAGAGAGCCCUCUUGAAAGCCCGUGGGGAGGGGACCACGGACGAGAUAGUCCAGGCGUUCCUGUUUUCCUACAGGACGACACCGAACCCGGCGUCCCCUGGUAACGUUUCUCCUGCCGAAGCGUUGAUGGGCCGAAAACUGCGUACAACGUUUCAUGCCCUCGUCCCUACCGAUGCGCAGCCCGCGCAGACUUCUCCAGUUUCUCGCAGCAAGCUCUCCAUCGGAACACCUGUCUUCGUUCGUGAUUAUCGAGCGGGGUUCCCAGACUGGAUUGAAGCAACCGUAGUAUCGCACAGAGGCAGUAUGUUGUUUGACGUCGACGUUGGUGAUGACAUCUGGGUUCGCCACCACAACCAGAUCCGACGGCGACAUUGCAGUAACACAACUGGGCUCGAUUCGGCGCCGUCACUCUCUCUCGACAUCCUACUGGAUACCUUCGCCAUUCCGGCAGAUCAGUCGGUUCCCGAACCCACUUCUGCGCUCCCUUCGGAUAUACCAUCCUCGGUAUCAGUUACCGCUCCCGUAUCUCCAGGCAUUAAACCACGACUAAGACGCCGGACCAACCGCGUGCGCCGAUCAACACGUCCGAUGCAGGUCAACCCACGCCAGAAGCGGUACUGA